CGUUGUCAGCAUUCGAUGUAAUUUGUAUUUAAAAAAAUUAAAUUUAGACACUUAGACAGCUGACAUUGAAGGAGUUGGAUCGAAAAUGGCUCAGGGUAACCAAAUUUCUGUACUAAGAAAAAUGUUCGGCUUGGGUAAAAAGAGACCCGAAAAUUCGUACAUAGUGCCACAGAACUCGAAAAUCAAUUUAGAAAACAAACCAGCCUAUAAAGAUCACGUUACGAAUCUGAAGGAAAACAACUACGACCGCAACGUCAUGAAUAAGUGUCCGCAUUGUGAAAAUAUGGCCAAAAACUUUCUUUACUUGGAAAGCCUGAUACGCAACAAUUGCGAUAAGAAUCCGAAGUGCAGCUUGUGCCAAUCGUCCCUCAAGUACCUGCAGUAUGUGAACCGGAACAUAAUGCAAGUCUUUGGGAAUUUUGAUUCGAUUGUGCAGGCUGCACGCGUCUUUUCCACCCAAGUGCCACCAACGCCCAAAUACACGGUGAAGAAGCCCCCCUCGAAAGAUGAGAAAUCGGCACGUUCCGAAGGUGGGGCUCAUCUUGUUGCACAGAAAUCCAGAAAAUCUCUGAAGCCAGUCAAAUCGCAGAAGUCCAAAAAAUCGAUCAAAUCAUCGAAAUCGGGCAAGACCCUAACAAAGUCAAAAGCCAAGACCGCCGCGAGUACAAAGAGUCGUACAGGCCACGGCAAGAUGGUUCUCAAGAGCAAGUACAAGUCUAAACCGACAAAGUCAGCGAAAUUGAGCAAGCAAUUAAACAAGGUAGUCCGCAGUGCUAGCCAGUACCAAAACUUACGUUCGAUGCGCUCAAAACUGGCUACAAAGGCACAUAAAACAAAGAAGCAGCGCAGCACAGCAUCGCCCACCAGCAUUAACUGGAGCCUACUUAAACGCAAUAUGCCCACCAAGUCUUUCGGUGUAUAGUAAAUUGCAGAAAUAAGUUGACCUACUACAAGGCCAGACACAUAUCAUAUACUCUUGAGCUGUACCAAAAUUAACCGUGAACCAAAUGUAAUAGAUCUUUGAAAAAAUAAAUAUUAAUAGAAACCGUA